CCCCCGCCAAGGCGCCCGGCUCGCGCCUCAGCUCCCUCCCCUUUCCGGGUAGGCCCGUCCCGUCAGCGAGGCAGUGAGCAGCGCGGCCAGCAGAGGGCGGUCCGGACCCAAGUCUGCAGCGGCGCCAUUGGCGUGUGGAAAAUGCCACCAGAUGGCGGGUUAGGAUUGCAGCUCCGUUGAAGGCGCGGCCCCCGCUUCCGAACCCCCGGCGACCACCUCGUAAACCCCCCCCACAUCGGGAAUAACACACCGGAGACUUUUGGGGGGAAACUAGGUCGGCGGCCGGCAGCGCCCGGAUGGGCAGCUGAGGAUCGCCUUUAAGGUUGUUUCAGAAGUUUGAGUUGUACAGAAUUGCAUUAUUUUGCUGUAUUGUGGAACGUCUCCAACAAUGAUUACUUCAGAGUUACCAGUGUUACAGGAUUCAACUAAUGAAACUACUGCCCAUUCUGAUGCUGGCAGCGAACUUGAAGAAACAGAGGUGAAAGGAAAAAGAAAAAGGGGUCGUCCUGGCCGGCCUCCAUCUACAAAUAAGAAACCUCGAAAAUCUCCAGGAGAGAAGAACAGAAUUGAAGCUGGCAUUAGAGGAACAGGACGUGGAAGAGCUAAUGGGCACCCUCAACAGAAUGGUGAAGGGGAGCCUGUCACGUUAUUUGAGGUGGUGAAACUAGGGAAAAGUGCAAUGCAGUCCGUGGUGGACGACUGGAUUGAAUCAUAUAAACAAGACAGGGACAUCGCACUUCUGGAUUUAAUCAACUUUUUUAUCCAGUGUUCAGGAUGUCGAGGUACUGUGAGAAUAGAGAUGUUUCGAAAUAUGCAGAAUGCAGAAAUCAUCAGAAAAAUGACUGAAGAAUUUGAUGAGGACAGUGGUGAUUAUCCCCUUACCAUGCCUGGACCUCAGUGGAAAAAGUUUCGUUCAAACUUUUGUGAAUUUAUUGGAGUCCUGAUUCGACAGUGUCAAUAUAGUAUAAUUUAUGAUGAGUAUAUGAUGGACACAGUAAUCUCCCUUUUGACUGGUUUGUCAGACUCCCAGGUCAGAGCUUUUAGACAUACAAGUACCCUUGCUGCUACAAGAAAAUCAAGAUGAAAUUGAAAAUAUGAUGAACUCUAUUUUUAAGGGUAUAUUUGUUCAUAGAUACCGUGAUGCUAUUGCUGAGAUUAGAGCCAUUUGUAUUGAAGAGAUUGGAGUGUGGAUGAAAAUGUAUAGUGAUGCCUUCCUAAAUGACAGUUACCUAAAGUAUGUUGGCUGGACUCUUCAUGACAGGCAAGGAGAAGUCAGGCUAAAGUGUUUGAAAGCUCUACAGAGCCUAUAUACCAAUAGAGAAUUAUUCCCCAAAUUGGAGCUAUUCACUAACCGAUUCAAGGAUCGCAUUGUAUCAAUGACACUUGACAAGGAAUAUGAUGUUGCUGUAGAAGCUAUUCGACUGGUUACUCUGAUACUUCAUGGAAGUGAAGAAGCCCUUUCCAAUGAAGACUGUGAAAAUGUUUACCAUUUGGUAUACUCAGCACAUCGCCCUGUUGCUGUGGCAGCUGGAGAGUUCCUUCACAAAAAGUUGUUUAGCAGACAUGACCCACAAGCAGAAGAAGCAUUAGCAAAGAGAAGAGGAAGGAAUAGUCCUAAUGGGAACCUCAUUAGGAUGCUUGUUCUUUUUUUUCUUGAAAGUGAGUUACAUGAACAUGCAGCCUACUUGGUGGACAGUUUGUGGGAGAGCUCUCAAGAACUGUUAAAAGACUGGGAAUGUAUGACAGAGUUGCUAUUAGAAGAACCUGUUCAAGGAGAAGAAGCAAUGUCUGACCGUCAGGAGAGCGCACUAAUAGAGCUGAUGGUCUGUACGAUACGGCAGGCUGCUGAAGCACACCCACCAGUGGGGCGAGGUACCGGCAAGCGGGUGCUAACUGCCAAAGAAAGGAAAACUCAAAUAGAUGAUAGAAACAAAUUGACCGAGCAUUUUAUUAUAACUCUUCCUAUGUUACUAUCAAAGUAUUCUGCAGAUGCGGAAAAGGUAGCAAACUUGCUACAAAUUCCACAGUACUUUGAUCUAGAAAUCUACAGCACAGGUAGAAUGGAAAAGCAUCUGGACGCUUUGUUAAAACAGAUUAAAUUUGUUGUGGAGAAACACGUAGAAUCAGAUGUUCUGGAAGCCUGCAGUAAAACCUAUAGCAUCUUAUGCAGUGAAGAAUAUACCAUCCAGAAUAGAGUUGACAUAGCUCGGAGCCAGCUGAUUGAUGAGUUUGUAGACCGAUUCAAUCAUUCUGUGGAAGACCUGUUGCAAGAGGGUGAAGAAGCUGAUGAUGAUGAUAUUUACAAUGUUCUUUCCACCUUAAAGCGGUUAACUUCUUUCCACAAUGCUCAUGAUCUCACAAAAUGGGAUCUAUUUGGUAAUUGCUACAGAUUAUUGAAGACUGGAAUUGAACAUGGAGCUAUGCCAGAACAGAUAGUCGUACAGGCACUGCAAUGUUCCCAUUACUCGAUUCUUUGGCAGUUGGUGAAAAUUACUGAUGGUUCUCCUUCCAAAGAAGAUUUGUUGGUGUUGCGGAAAACAGUGAAAUCCUUUUUGGCUGUUUGCCAACAGUGCCUAUCUAAUGUUAAUACUCCAGUGAAGGAACAGGCUUUCAUGUUACUCUGUGAUCUUUUGAUGAUUUUUAGCCACCAGUUAAUGACAGGUGGCAGAGAGGGCCUUCAGCCUUUGGUGUUUAAUCCAGAUACAGGACUUCAGUCUGAACUGCUGAGUUUCGUGAUGGAUCAUGUUUUUAUUGAUCAGGAUGAGGAGAAUCAAAGCAUGGAGGGUGAUGAAGAAGAUGAAGCUAAUAAGAUUGAGGCCUUACAUAAAAGAAGGAAUCUACUUGCUGCCUUCAGCAAACUUAUCAUUUAUGAUAUUGUUGACAUGCAUGCAGCUGCAGACAUCUUUAAACACUACAUGAAGUAUUACAAUGACUAUGGUGAUAUUAUUAAGGAAACACUAAGUAAAACCAGGCAGAUUGACAAAAUUCAGUGUGCCAAGACUCUCAUUCUGAGUUUGCAGCAGUUGUUUAAUGAACUUGUUCAAGAACAAGGUCCCAACCUAGAUAGGACAUCUGCCCAUGUCAGUGGCAUUAAAGAAUUGGCACGGCGCUUUGCCCUUACAUUUGGACUGGACCAGAUCAAGACACGAGAAGCAGUUGCCACACUUCACAAGGAUGGCAUAGAGUUUGCCUUUAAAUACCAAAAUCAGAAAGGACAAGAAUAUCCACCUCCUAAUCUGGCUUUUCUUGAAGUACUAAGUGAAUUUUCUUCUAAACUUCUUCGACAGGACAAAAAGACUGUUCAUUCAUACCUAGAGAAAUUCCUUACUGAGCAGAUGAUGGAAAGGAGGGAAGAUGUAUGGCUUCCACUCAUCUCCUAUAGGAAUUCAUUAGUCACUGGGGGUGAAGAUGAUAGAAUGUCUGUGAACAGUGGAAGCAGCAGCAGCAAAACCUCCUCAGUAAGAAAUAAGAAAGGACGACCCCCACUUCACAAAAAACGAGUAGAAGAUGAAAGUCUGGAUAACACAUGGCUAAACAGGACAGAGACCAUGAUUCAGACUCCCGGCCCCCUCCCAGCCCCACAGCUUACUUCCACUGUGCUGCGAGAGAAUAGCCGGCCCUUGGGAGAGCAGAUGCAAGAACCUGAGUCUGAACAUGGCUCGGAACCAGACUUUUUACACAAUCCACAGAUGCAAAUCUCUUGGUUAGGCCAGCCGAAGUUAGAAGACCUGAAUCGGAAAGACAGGACAGGAAUGAACUACAUGAAAGUGAGGACUGGAGUAAGGCAUGCUGUUCGGGGUCUAAUGGAAGAAGAUGCUGAGCCCAUCUUUGAAGAUGUGAUGAUGUCCUCCCGGAGUCAAUUAGAAGAUAUGAAUGAAGAAUUUGAAGACACCAUGGUUAUUGAUCUGCCUCCAUCAAGAAAUCGGCGAGAGAGAGCUGAACUGAGGCCAGACUUUUUCGACUCUGCAGCUAUCAUAGAAGAUGAUUCAGGAUUUGGAAUGCCUAUGUUCUGAAAUCUGAA